AUGAAGAGAAUAUCAGAAGAUGAUGAUGAGCUGGAGCGCGAGCCAGAACCUGAGCCGGAGCCAAAGGAUACGCCUAUUUCGACGGCCCUUGCUGGCAUGACAUCUAACGUCUGCUCCAACUGCCCGAACCACCCGCCACAGUCUCAGAGUCUCUCACUGAACAGACCCAGCGAUAUUACGGCUUGGUCACUACCGGAAAAUGUAGUCCAGAUAGUGGAGUACUAUUUCUCUCACGUUCAUUCAUGGUUUCCUAUACUGGAGCGUCGAGAUAUUCUCCGGUCAAUGCACAACAACCCUAUGGCCCCAGACGACCCAACUGCAGGGUGUCGCAUCACACUCUGGACAGUGAUUCUGUACGUCUUGGUUGCACGAGAUGGGAUGGAUCCAGAACGGCAUUCUUGGCGGGCGCAGAUUCAAUCCUUCCUUCAGCUGCGCAUUCUCGAGGAUUCAGACAUACUCCAGCAGAGCCAUGCCGAGGCCCUACUUAUCCUCGCACUGUUAGACGUCGGAAUUGGAGACCUGUCAAAGGCAUGGGUUGGAGUUGGACAAGCAGAGAGACUACUGGCCAUAUUGCCGAUCUCAGCGAGAGACGCUUGGUAUAGCCGCACGCGUCAUGGCUGCUGUUUCCUUGAUACUAUAUUAUCGGCUCUUACAGAGCAGACUCCUUGCCAGUUUGGGGCCACUCAUGAUGGGUAUGGCAAGAUUGACGAGGAUGGGCUGGAGGAAUGGGAUGUGUGGGUUCCGUUUCGUUGGGAUCAUGAGCGAAUGCCAUACUCGUCAAAGAGAGGGCCUCUACGUGCCCUGAGUGCGUUCAAGUUGGACAGUGAACUCGCUCAGCAUCUAGUACGGAUGCUUCACCUUCAGCCUUCCCAGGACGAUGUACAACAAGAACGUCCCCGCUAUUACGCUGGUUUCUUCACCAUGCAGAGUCGUCUUUCCGUUUGGUAG